AUCAAAACGGAAUCCUUACAUUACCUUAAUAAUAAGAAUCGAGACUAUACUAUUCAAGGAAAAUUUCUCUACCUAACAGAAAUGUAUUGAUCCAAUUAGGAUAAACUUCGGGAUACUUUGAGUGUUUUCGUGCCGGAUUGAAAGCUUUCCAACAUUCCUAAUUGUUUUUGGACGUCUUUAUUCUCUUUUUGGAACUGUUUCGUUAAUUUCCAGAUUUCAUUGUUUUGUCUAACAAACCAAGAUGUCGGAUACUGAAGACCAAGGCCAGGCUGGAGAAGAAGGGGAAACUUUUCACACAUUUGAAGAGCAGCAGAAACGUAAAGAACAGAAGUUAGCUGAUGAGAUGGAGGAAUACAAGGCAAUGAGACAAGCCGAGAAGGAAAAAGAGUCCGGUGACAUCGAGGAACUCAAACGUAAAAGGAAAGAGAGACAGGCAGAGAGAGCAGAAGAAGAAAAAAGAUUGGCAGAGCAGAGAAGGGAAGAAGAAGCUCGCAGGAAAGUUGAAGAGGAAGAAAGAAAAAAGAAGAGGGCUGAGGAGGAAGAAAAGAGAAGACGGGAGAAGGAACGAAGAAGGUUGGAGGCUGAAAAAAGAAAAGGUCCAAAAACCCCAAACUUCACAAUUGUAAAGAAAGAGGGAGGUGAUGAAACUGAAGAGGAGGAGAAGAAAUCUCCACAAAAGACAAAAGAGGAGCUGGAGAAGGCUAAGAAAGCUGCCCUCGCCUCGAGGAUAACACCCCUCGCUGACAUCUCCAGCAUGAGUACUGACCAGCUGACCGAGAUUGCCAAAGAUUUACAUGAACAGAUCAGAAAACUUGUCACGUACAUGUAUGACACGGAGGAAAGGUUCAAGAGACAGCAGUAUGAUAUUGUGGAGUUACAGGAGAGAGCAAGGGCCAUGAGCAAAACAAAGAAGAAGGGAAUUUCAAGUAUUCAAGUCGAUGACUCAUAUGACAGAAUGAAUGACAGAUUUUCCAACGCUCCUCCCAAAAUUCUGCUGUGUAGUAAAUAUGAGAGACACACCGACGACCGAUCGUUCGACCAGAGGUACAAACUGUAUGAAGACCUGUCUGCCGACAAACCACUGCCGGAACUGUUGCGACUACAAGCAUUUGGUCCAGAUCGAGCUUAUGACGACUAUUAGUUUGUAACCAUAGCAUCUGUCAAGGGUCAAAAGGAAGAUCUUGUAGACGUCAGUAAAAUAUAUAACGACUAUAUUGAAACUUAUAACUAUCUUACAGGAGGAUAUUGAUAUAACCCUGAAAACAUAUUAUGCGUUUGCAUAGUCUUCGUGUUUUUCCUCCAAUUUUCGCACCUGCUUCACACAUAAAGCUGUCGUCAUGGAAAUGGAAUCACCUGAGAAAAAACAAACUUUCCAUGUAACAUAGUUAAAGAGCUUCUAUAGUGUUUAUAUUAAACUUUGAAGAAGAGAAAACUUGGUAACAAAAUGAAUGACUGCUUUAAAGAGAAUGGAUUUUAGCUUUUUGUAUUGACACCAUUCAGUAGCAUGGCAUUUUGGGUUCAUAAAUAGUAAAAUUCAUUUGCUGAAAGAUCAGUCAGAACUUCUGGUAUUGUUUGCAUCCAUUUUAUUUUGAGAUUACUACAGUCUUAUUUGUGCUGGAAAGAGAUUCAGGGCUGGUAACUCUGUUGUAGACAAAGCUGCUUAUUAAUGCUAUUCACGUGUUUUGAGUUCACUCCCUUUGAAUAAAAUCCUUGCAGAUAUUACCAAAUCUGCGGUUAGAAUUUUCUCCACUGCACUGUUGUACAAUCGUCAAAGUUUACAUCAGAAUUUCUUCAUUUUACAAAAUUUAAGAAAGAAAAAUGCCAUGCUAUAUAUAACUUUGCUGCAGAAUUUCUUCAUUUGCUUCAAGGACUUUAUAGAAUACAUUUCUUGUUGAAUUGAGAAAAAUGUAUUUAAGGUUUUUUGUUUUCUUCUCGUGUUUAUAUAAAUGUUUUACUGAUUUCUGUUUAAAUCAUGUGCAAUAUAUUUCUUUUGACCCUUGGCACCUUAUUAAUGUUCAUGUAUUAUAUAAAUGUAUUUAUUCACAUAUAUACUUUCAUGUAUAUAAAACCAUAUUUGUGUGUAAAUGUGAUGUAUGAUAGAGUUAUAUGAUUGGAAAUAAUGUCUAAUUUUUCGCUGCUUUUGGGAAAAAAGCUCUGUAUUUAGUUUGAAAAUUGUAAAACUUUAUUCAGGUUAAUAAACUAUCAACUGAUCAGGGUGAUGACAAAUUCCAAGGCUGUAUUAUAUUUUCUAACAACCUGUAUAUUUUGUCAAGGCAGACCUUUCGAUAAUGUGAAAAAGAACAAUGGCUAACAUUUGAAAUAACACUUAAAAAAGUACCCUUUCAUAGAAACUGAAUACAGGUCUUUCAGAUUGUAUGAAAGUUUUAGAUUUAGUUUGCGUUUUUCAUACAGAAUCAAAUGGCUUGGUCUGAAAUAUACAUGUUUAUUAAUAACCUGACUUUAAGAAGAAAGAAGACUAUAGAUGCUGAGCUUGCCUGUAGUUUAUAAAGUUAGUGUGCCUUAUUUAAAACCCAGUAUUUGAAAUAAAAUUGCUGCCUUUCUUAA